GAACCUGAAGAAAUAAAUCCAGAUGAGGAGCUGGAGGAUAUCUGUGAUGAUAAAGAAGAUGAUCUAGGAGCAGUGGAAGAGCAGCGCAGUGUUAUCUUGCACCUGUUGUCUCAGCUGAAACUUGGCAUGGACUUAACAAGAGUGGUCCUUCCCACUUUUAUUUUGGAGAAGCGGUCGCUAUUAGAGAUGUAUGCAGACUUCAUGUCCCAUCCAGACCUCUUCAUUGCAAUCACAAAUGGCACCACCCCUGAGGAGAGGAUGAUUCGCUUCGUCGAGUACUAUCUGACAUCGUUUCACGAAGGUCGCAAAGGAGCCAUUGCAAAGAAACCUUACAACCCCAUCAUUGGGGAGACCUUCCACUGCUCCUGGAGGAUGCCGAAGAGCCAUGUCGCCACUGAUGGUGGCAGCAACUGCUCUGCUCCCUCCCCCUCAGACCCAGUAACUCUGGAUCAAGAUAUGGAGGGCCAAGCAGAGCUGGACUACUAUACAGUAAAAUUUGUAGCUGAGCAAGUGUCCCACCAUCCUCCUGUCUCAGGGUUUUAUGCUGAGUGUGUAGAGAGAAAGAUGUGUGUCAAUGCCCAUGUCUGGACAAAGAGUAAAUUCUUAGGGAUGUCAAUAGGAGUGACAAUGGUUGGUGAGGGUCUCUUAAGUCUCUUGGAACACGGGGAAGAAUACACAUUCUCUCUGCCCUGCGCAUACGCUCGGUCAAUUUUAACUGUUCCCUGGGUAGAACUGGGAGGAAAAGUCAACAUUAACUGUGUGAAGACUGGGUAUUCUGCAAGUAUUAACUUUCACACCAAACCCUUCUAUGGUGGCAAAUUGCAUCUAGUCACAGGUGAAGUGAAGCAGAACAUGACGAACACGGUGGUGUGCAGAGUGCAGGGGGAGUGGAACAGUGUGCUCGAGUUCACCUACAGCAAUGGGGAGACCAAAUACGUGGACUUGACAAAGCUGUCUGUGACAAGAAAACGAGUGCGGCCCCUGGAGAAGCAAGGCCCCUUUGAAUCAAGGAGGCUGUGGCAGCAUGUGACAGAGUCUCUGCGGGAUGGAGACAUCGAUAAGGCUACAGAGCACAAGAGAGCCCUUGAAGAACGACAGAGGAAUGAAGAGAGGCUUCGUGCUGAAACAGAAACACCUUGGUGUACCAAAUACUUCCUUAAGGAUGGAGAUGGCUGGGUUUAUCAUAAACCCCUCUGGAAAACAGUCUCUGCUGCACAAACUCAGCAAACGGACACUAACUAGGAAAAAAAAAGCUGCUUUAAGAUGAGUUUUCUGAUUUUCCUCUCCUUUUCCUCUGUCUCUCAAAACACAGUAAUCCCACUGAGUGUCCCCUUUUUAUGUAAUUGUAUGAGUUCGAAUGAGCAUAAAGAAAUAACUAUACUAGGGCACUUUAAAGCUAUUUAAACAAAAAGGUAAAAAUCCAAGUUGUAGAGACAAACUUGCCAGGUACAUUCAACCAAACUUGUUUUUU